CCACCACCACCUUGAGGACUCGGAAUAACAACGCAAUCAAAUGAUUAUCGAUCAAGCCCUAUCAAGCCUCACGAGUCACGACGGAACAUUGAACUGUAUAAAAUAGAACCCAGCCCUAGGAGGCCCUAGGCCUGACUGUUAGUACUGUUCCCUACCCUUCCCUACCGUGCCGCUUUCCUUUCCCAGCCUUUUCCCUCCUUUUCUUCCCGUUGGGACAGGUUGGGACCCUUUCCAAGACAAAAUGGACCCGCCGCUGUCCGUCGGGGCCAUCGCUGGUUUCCAAGCGGUUUCUAACAGGUUUCUGAACUUUUCCCCAAAGUCAAUUCCCAUCGCUUCUUCUCACAUCAUUACAAAUCAGUUUGAGCGUAGGGCGUACUUGUAUAUCAAGGGAGGGCGGCCCUAUCCAGAAUCCCCCAGAGCUGGUCUCUUCAAACUUCAACACCCAAACGAAAAUCAACAAUUCCAGUGCCCGUACACCUCAUUCCAGUUCAUACUACAGCUUCGUUGUACAAUGGUUCAUUCACGUACCGUUCUCACUGCUUUCUUUGCCACUUGGAUGGCUUCUGUGCUCGCCGUCCCUAUUCUAGAGGGCAACGCUCUCGCAGCCCGAAUAGCCGAAGGUUACUCUCCCGUUCCUGCGCAGUCUAGUCCAUCAGGAUUUCCUGUUAUAGACUACGUUCAUCGUCCAAGAGCGGAGCAGGCCUUGUCUAAAGAAGACGAGAAGAUGAUUUCUUACUUGGAGAGCAAUGGCCACACAAAUGACAUUGAUCUACCCGGCUUGAGACUUAUCAUCGGAAUGCUGAAGGAGAACCCGAGGGAUACCAAAGCCCGAUCAAUGCUAGAGCAAUACUACGAUCAUCUAACGUACAUGGACCAGAAGGGGUUAUCUUCAACGUCGAAAUCCUCCUGAACACAGUAGGUUUUCUUGAUUUUGAUUAUAUUGUCUUUGUUGAAUCUUCUCCACUUUUUAGAUUCAUUCUGCGAAGAGAACGAAUAUAAGAUGUAUGCAAAGGUCAAAUUGCUCGUGUAGUAUGUUUAAUCCUUAUGUCGUCAGUUCCCCACCUG